AUGUUUCAACUAAUCUCCGACGUCCCCAACAACUGCACCACUCACCCACACUGUCUUGGCUUCACACCAGCCACCUUCAACCAUUCCAUAAUUUUCAUGAAUACGGCUAACCAUGCUUGUACUCAACUUCUGGAUGAGAAAUUCAAAAUGCCAAAGUGCCCAACCGGCUGGAAUUCCUGGACCCGUCCAACUGGGAGACUCUGGUGCUAUAUGAUUUCAGACGUCGCUCAAGUUUGGAAUUCCGCUGAGUCUUACUGUAGAGAUACGUGGAAUGCUUCGUUGAAUGGAUUUCAGACAAAUGAGGAGCGUGAGGACUUUUUUGGAAAAAUGGAAAAGCUGGAGCUCACUCAAAAAUGGCUGUAUCUCGGAGCAAAGAGAUCCUGUGAGACUGAAACCUGUCCGAAGUCUGUAGAGUUCCUCUGGCAAAACGACGUCUCCACCGACCAAUCCUUGGCCAACGACAACUUCUACGCUCCCUAUUUCGAUGGAAGCGGCGACUGUUUAGCCAUGAUGAUCGAAAAUGGACAGUACGACGAUAUCAGUUGUGUAGAAGCCAAGCAGACUACAUUUUCUUGUGGAAAGUGGGCGGAUGUUUAUGAUUAG